AUGUCACUGGCAGGAUCAUGUCGCUAUCAGAUUAACCACGGCCAAGGACCGUGGCGUUUUCUGCUGGUAUGUAUCCUUUCGUGGGUCAAGAGCAGCCAUGCCUUUGUAAUGUUUCAAGAGUCCUUCCAAACACAGCAAUCAACACCCCGAAAAGCAGAAAUUCCAUCGUCUCUCUUCUCUGUAUCUGGACCCGAAGCACAAAAUGAAGACGUCCGUGCCGUUUCGGAAGCACCCAUGGGACGUCGAAGAGCUCUGGAUAAUUUUGCAGCAGUGGCAGGAUCCAUGUUGCUGAUACCAACCAAUUUAGCCCUGGCGGAUAAUGACGACGAUGCUACCAUUCAGAGAGGCAACGGGUUUGCUUACAAAUUUGUACCACCCCCGGAAAUGGAACCAGGAGCCAAACCAGUCAAGACACAUUUGUUUGAAAUCAACUGGAAGUCUCCCACAACUGCAAGAUACACCUUUGGGGUCACUGUGGAUCCAGUCAGAAUCCAAAAUCUAAAGGAGUUUGGAACUCCUGAAGAAGUAGCUGCCAAGGUAGUUCUUGCAGAAGUCAACCGUGAUGGGAUUUUUGAAGUGACACUUGUGAAGGAUCCAGUAGCCGUGGAAGAAGAUGGGAUACUUUCCUACAUUCUCAAUUAUCUCUCACAGGGCAAACGAGGCGACAAGCGAUUUGUGGCCAAGUUUUGCAUUCAAAACCAACGAUUAUAUGCCUUGACAGCGCAAGUUCUAGAGAGUGAUUACAAUGCCAAAGAAGCAGAGAUUAUGAAGGCUGUGGAAUCUUUCCGGGUAUUGCCAUGA